CGACCGCGAUGCACAUCGUGGUCGGUGGUCAUGCAGGGGAUACAAGGCAACAAUGCAAGAUCUAUGACGCGCCAUGGGAAGACAUUCAAAUCCGAAUUUUGUCGGGCAAUCCGCUCUGCAUCCUUACCAUGACCAAGACGACAGCAGACAGAGAGAAAUGCCCUAUUUGUAAGACGAGACAAAGUACGAUCAGCAUUCGGACGAUCCCUCAACACUGCAUCAAAGCUUGUUCACGUCGUCGACGGGAUUUCAAAGACAUCGACUUGUGGUCUGUAAAGAAUUAUGCAGUGUUCAUUGACGCAUUGGUGCUGAAAUUGUUACAUUUUCUGCAAAACAUCGGGCACGCAACGUUGGAGAUAAGCGACCAUCAUGAUGAUUUCCAGCUGCACAUAGACUCACAAAAGCUUCGAAGUCAAGUAAAGAAUCA